UUCGAGUCCCAGACGCCGACACCUCAGCGUCCCCGAGGGCCUGACCGCCCGCGUCCGCCCAGCUCCCUAGGCAGAGCUCGUAUCUCGAAAGGCGAGGGGACGCCGCGGCCUGCAGGACAAGUCAUCCAUCUCCCGUCGACAUGUCGCGCUCCUUCUAUGUGGACUCUCUCAUCAUCAAGGACUCCUCGCGGCCCGCACCCCCGCUGCCGGAGUCGCACCCGGGGCCGGAUUUCUUCAUCCCACUAGGCAUGCCGUCCCCGUUAGUGAUGUCGGUGUCGGGGCCGGGCUGCCCGUCCCGCAAAAGCGGCGCUUUCUGCGUGUGCCCGCUUUGCGUCACCUCGCACCUGCAUUCCUCGCGCCCGCCCGCAGGAGCCGGUGGCGGGGCUAAUGGGACCGCAGGGGCUGCGGUGGCGGGCGGCGGGGCGGCUGGGGGCACGGGCGCCCUACCUCUGCUCAAGAGCCAGUUCUCUUCCGGUCCUGGGGACCCACAGUUCUGCCCACGGGUGAGCCACGCACACCAUCACCACCACCCACCUCAGCACCACCAUCACCAUCACCAGCCCCAGCAGCCGGGCUCAGCGGCAGCGGCGGCGGCGGCGGCUGCAGCUGCGGCGGCUGCCGCAGCGGCCCUGGGACACCCUCAGCACCACGCACCUGUCUGCGCCGCCGCCACCACCUACAACGUGUCGGACCCGCGCAGGUUCCACUGCCUCACCAUGGGAGGCUCUGACACCAGCCAGGUACCCAACGGCAAAAGGAUGAGGACAGCAUUUACCAGCACGCAGCUCCUGGAGCUGGAGCGAGAAUUCUCUUCCAAUAUGUACCUGUCCCGACUCCGGAGGAUCGAGAUUGCGACGUACCUGAACCUGUCAGAGAAGCAGGUGAAAAUCUGGUUUCAGAACCGUCGCGUGAAGCACAAGAAGGAGGGGAAAGGCGCUUCGAGGAACAGUCACGCAAGCUGCAAGUGCGUGGGUAGCCAGGCGCAUUAUGCGCGCUCGGAGGACGAGGACUCCUUGUCCCCAGCCUCGGCUAACGAAGACAAGGAGAUUUCUCCCUUGUAAAGGAAGAUGCUUCCUCACCAGGCUCCCUGCUCCCGGCAGCCCCUGCGGCGUCAGCACAGAGACCCAAGUUCUAGUGCUUUGCCUUCAUCUAGUAAAGGAGCUCAGAGAAGUCCAGAGAGUUCAAAGCUGGACCCGACUUUGAAGCUUCUUCUUGACUCUUUGGGACUCUACUCGGAGUUAUGGAUCUUUUUUUUUUCUUAAUGUUUGUUUCUAAUGUAAAUAAUCUAGAAUUCGAAUCAGUCUCAUAUAACAGGAAAAACAGGAUUGAUUUAAGUUUAAUACGCUAUGGGGAGGGAGAAUGGGUUGAAACCACAUGUCAUUUGUCACCCUUGUCUUUCCAGAACUUGAUCAGAUCAGGGGUUUCUUCAUUGUUUUUGUUGCUGUUUUAAAAUGAAACCAUUGACGUUGCCAUUAAUAUAGAGUUAAACUCUGUAGGUCUUGCUUUUCUGAAAUUUUUCAUGGGGGAGAAUUUUAAAUCCAAGUCUCUGGAAGUCC